AUGCCUUUGGAAAAAGAAACUAGGAGUCGGUUCCAGUUCAAUUUCCCCGAUCCAGAUUUAUCUCUAUUACAAGACUUGUCCGCUCGUGUGGAAGAUCAUGAUGGUUUUAGGAAGAGGAAUGGAAAUCUCUUAUCUUUGAUGAAAUUGAAAGUGGAUAGCAUGGCGUUGAGUGUUCUUUCAUAUUUUUAUGACCCAACAUAUCAUUGUUUCACUUUCCUCGAUUAUCAAUUAUCACUGACUCUCGAAGAAUUCACUUACAUUGCGGGAAUUCCAAUCCGUAAUAAGGUUCCUUUUAUUGGAGGAAAGGAGGUACCAAAGUCCCAUAUUAUUGGGGCAUCUCUACAUGUUCCAAAGGCUGAAGAAGAAAAUGGUCUCACCACUAAAGGAGGAAUUUCCGGUUUCCCCAUCAAGUACUUAGUGGAAAGAGCUUCACGUUAUGCCAACAUGGGGAGUAAUGAUGUGUUUGAGGAAAUCUUGACCUUGAUGAUUUAUGGGAUUCUACUCUUUCCAAGCUUCAAAGACUUUGUUGAUAUGGAUGCUAUUCAGGUUUUCAUGACUUGUAAUUCGGUUCCUACUCUUCUAGGAGAUGUCUAUUACUCCAUCCACUUUAGGACCGAGAAGAAGGGUGGAUGGGUCUGUUGUUGUGCACCUAUAUUGUACAAGUGGUUUAUUUCACACUUGCCACAGUCCACUUUAUACAACAAGGACAAUCUCAUGUGGUCAAAAAGUCUUAUGGCUCUUACUAAUGGGGACAUAGUAUGGUACAAUGCAGCCUAUGAUGUUGGGAUGAUUGUAGUGAUUUAUGGAGAAUUCCCCAACGUACCUCUUAUUGUUACCAAGGGAUUUAUUACCUACAAUCCAUCUUUAGCAUACCGUCAGCUUGCCUAUUCCAUGGAUGAUAAGCCUAAGUCUCUAUUGGUUACUCCUGUUGUCAUCCGAGAAGGCGAGGAGAAUAUAAAUAUUAGAAAGGAUGUUAUGAAGGCUUGGUCUCAUAUUUUCGCAAGGAGAAGUUCGAGUUAG